AUGGCACUUUCAGAUGAACAAGUGAAUGCUGAAAUGCAAAGAUUAAUCAAUUUUAUAAAGAUAGAAGCAAUGGAAAAAGCUAGAGAAAUUCAUAUUAAGUCAAAUGAAGAUUCUGCUAUUGAAAAGGCUAAAAUAGUUCAGCAAGAAAUGGCUAAAAUUGAUGAAUUAUAUAAACAAAAAAUGAAAAAAGCAGCCAUGACCCAACAAAUAUCAAAAUCAAACAAGAUGAAUUCAUCAAGACUAAAAUUAUUGAUAGAAAAAGAAAAAAUCUUACAAGAAAUUUUUGAAGAGGUUAAGGGAAUAAUUCAGGACCUAACUGAAGACAAAGAACGCUAUCAAGAACUUUUGAAAGUUUUAAUUUUACAGGGGCUGUAUCAAUUAAUGGAAAAAAAUAUUAUAAUCCGUGCUCGUGAAACAGACUCUGCAAUCAUUGAAAAAGCUAUUGAUAAUGCUGUUGAUGUCUUCAAACAUAAAACACAUACGAAUAUAGACGUCCAAAUUGACAAAGAAUACCUUUGUUCAGAUGGACUUGGUGGGAUUAUUAUUUUUGAAGCAACUAAAAAUAUUUUCAUUAACAAUACAUUCGAAGAAAGAUUAGAAUUAUUAAAAAAAGAAGCCCUUCCCACCAUUCGGCUAAUACUGUUUGGUCAAUCGGAAAAUCGUAAGUUUUAUGAUUAA